GUGCUACUAGUGGAUUUUUUAACAUGACAUUUCGAGGGAUUAGCUCGUGGAAAGUGGAUUUCCAUUUGUGGAUCAUACGUGCGCGGUGAACAGGUCGAUUUAAUGCAUCAAAUACCGGUGGAAUUAGCGUAAAAAUUCCACGAUAUCGAUCGCCGUCGAAAAUGUCGAAGAAGAAGCCUUAGCAUGAGCAAUACCGCUGCAUUCAUAGUACUGACGGUAAUCCUGAUCCUCGGUGAUCUCGAGUCUGUCACAGUUGUGAAUCAUCAUCCGGACGAGGAAUACUUUCUAGAGCAUGAGGUCCUCUACGAGGAGGCGAUCAACGAGGCAAAGAAGCUGCAGCUCUAUCCUGCUGGUAUGGAUAAAAAAGGACCAAUUCCAGGAUGUAAACCUUGCACGAGUUCAGAGAUGACUUACUGCAAAGAUGGAAGCGUGAUCGAUGAUCAUUGUUGUUGCGAUGGCAGCUCUAAUGAGGUAUUCCCCUUCGUGAAGCAUACUUGUCGCGUGGGGCCAGAAGAAUGCAAAGUGCAGGCUGGAGACUGUGCUGAAUACGCGAGGUUACGGGAAUGUUGUUGUCAUUCCUACUUAGGUUCUAUCUGGAGAAAUUUAGCCAACGACGCAGAAUCACCCACAAAUGCGAAUCAUUUAAAGUUCCUGGCGAUAUUAACGGUGCUCAGGUUGCUCUUACAGCCGACCUAAUUACACAUUUAAUACCAAAUAUUUUGUACAGAACCAAGUUAUUUUAAUAAAUUAUUUUUCCACCGAAGCGCGAGAAAUUUAAACUAAGGCUAACGAAUGUUUGCGACAC